AUGCAGAGGAUGGCGGAACUACAACAAAAGCGAAACGGGCUCAUGUAUAUGACCGCCAUGGCGCUCGCGCUCGCGCUGCACCCUAAAACCGAGGGAACCGUCAAGGGUCCACGAGCACUCCUGGGCGCCACCGUGGAGGCCGUGGAGGCCGUGGCGGACAAGCGGGCCGACGCCGAGGCCGACGCCAGCGCGGACCCCGGCACCGGCAGCAGCUUCUUCGACACGUUCAUGGCCUUCCUGGGCAGCAGCGCGCUGCACCGGCAGCAGCCCGAGGACGGCGCCGAGCGCGCGGCCGCGCGCGACGCCGUGGAGGGCGCGGCCAGCGACACCAGUGCGCAGCAGCAGCCGCCCGCGCAGUUCCAGGGCCGCGACCUGCAGGGCCUGCAGGGCCAGGACCAGUUCCUGGCGGGGGCGCCGCCCCAGGACGGCGGCCAGGCCGACCGCGUCAAGCGCACCGGGGCGCUGCCGGCGCACCUCCUGGGCAGCGUCAUCAACCACAAGCUGGGCUACCUCGGCGCCAAGAGCUCCCACCACGUGCACUUCCACAACUACAACACCAAGUGUGACAAGGCCCACUUCAGCCUCUGGGAGUUCAAGAAGGGCAUCCUGCACAAGCUGCUGGAGGCCGCCAAGGCCAUCGGCGGCGGCGUGCUGGCCCUCAAGGGCAAGCUGAUCACUGCCAAGGGCCACCUGGUGGCGGCGAAGGGCCGCAAGCUGGCGUCCAAGGGCGAGGAGCUCACGGAGUUCGGCAAGAGCGUCCUGGCGAAGGCCCUCGGCCACGGCGGCCACGACGAGGUGCACACGGUGGCGUCCGCGCCCUCGGGCCCCGCCAACGCGCACUUCACCGCCCCCGUCUACGGCGCGCCCGUCUCGGGCCCCGCGCUCGGGUACCAGUACGGCGCACCGCAGUACCUGCCGCCAGCGCCCUCCGGCCACGGCUACAACUCGGCCGUGUCCCUCCUCAACGAGUACAGCCGUGCCGGCUUCGGACACGCCGCGGGCCCUCUGGCCCACGGCCUCGGCGCCAUGGCCGCGGCCUCCUCGCACGGCCACGCGUCCGUGCACGCCGGGCACGCCGGGCACUCCGGGCACCACCCCGUGCACCGCGCGGGCCAGGCGCCCACCGGCCCCUCGGCGACUGGGUCGGCAGGCACCCUGCCAGGCAGUCUCCAGGCGGGGCUACUAGUGCUGCAGCCCGCUCCGUCCGCGUCAGGGUCUCACAGGGCCGGCAGCCUCGGCGCCGCGUCGUCGCAGCACGCGGCCGCCGUGCCCGCCCCCACCAUGACCGUGGCCGACGCCGCCGCCACGCCGUCAGCGCCGUACCCCUCCGAGACGCUCGCCAUCUUCGCGUCGCAGCCGAACGCGGCGUCGCAGCCACUGGUGCUCGCGCCCGAGUACAUGGACGCCAUGGCGCCCUCGGAGACCAACAAGGUGCGGCGCUACGCGGUGCCCACGUCGUCGCGGAGGUCCCUGGACGCGGCCAUGGCCGCCGUGGUGCGCGGCCUGCAGGGCUCCGACCUGCUGCUGCACCCGGACAUCGUGCGGAACGCGGCGCAGGGCCUCGCCGUCACGCCCUGA